AUAAUUGUAAAAAUUGUUAUCUAUAUAAAUGUAAAUUAUAUGUACAUUUAAAACAAAUAUAUAUACGUAUAUAAGGUGUACGUUUAAAAUAAAGUGCAGAUUAAUAAAAAAUAUAUAAAUAAAUUUCAUAAGCACAUGCAUCGAUAUGUAUAAUAAGUAUCCAGUGAAACUGUUUCAUAAGCUAUCCAACUGCGGGUUUACGUAUUUUUAUUCACAUUUUUGACAUGAAUUGUGUAAUAUAGAACACAGCGUUGCUCAAUUUAUUCUUACUUAAUAUAAACGUGAUAUAAAUGUAAGGUUCCGGUAGAACCGUCAUUUCCUGAUGUGUCAUUCGCGUUUAGCAGAUACGGAAUCUGUUAUCGCGGAUUCACUAGAAGGAAGUCCAGUUCCUUUCUGCCAGUUACUACCCGAAAUCAUUUCAAUAAUCCGCAGUAUAAGACGGAAACGCGACACAAACGGUUCUCGUAAAAACUUAUUUCUGUUCACAUUUUAUUUAACAAAUAAUCACGGUCAAUGUUUGAGAUUUCUCGAGUAAAAGAUCGCGACUUGUAUGGAAGACUUUCAUACGAAGUUCAUUCACGCGGAAGUUUUGAAAUGACGAUUAAGACAGUUAAAUAAAUAUAACAUCAAUAAUUCUGUCGCGUAUAUUCCGUCCAUGUCUUUAAUAUUAAGUGCGAAACGUGCAUAUUUGAUGAUAAUGACAAUACAGAUGAUGAACGUGUUAACAUUACUUCUUUUCACAAGUCAGAUAGUACAUAUUUUUGGAAGAUUGACUGUAAUACGUGAACCGCGAUAUUUUGGAUCCCAGACAGAGAGAAAAUUAACUUGUGUCUCCGAGGAUGACGGCGCUGCUCUUGUGUGGAACGAUGAGAUAUCAGAAACAUCAAUUAGGGAAUCGAACCCAAUGCGGUUCUACAAUGUAGAUGCAAGGCAAUCAAAUGAAGACAGUAUAGAUUGCAAAAUGGACAAAAACGAUGAUUGUUUGCAAUUCUGGAUUAGAGAAAACUGGAAUUUUAUAAAUUCCUUUAAAACACCAUUGGGUCCGGUAUUUGAUCGACGAUGGGAAGAUUUUCAGGAAUAUGAAAACUUUAACAUGGAAUAUGAUCAUGUACUAUUAGAAAAUACAACAGCGUUUUCCUUUUCGGUUCGUGGAUUGUCUAGCGAUUUGCAAAUAAUAUUUUGCAAUGGUGACGAUUAUACGAGAGAUUUUUGUUAUUGGAUCAUAAUAGGCGGUUGGGGCAAUAAGCGAUCCGUUGUACGCAGGUGCCCAAUAGGAGUGCCCAAACCUAGAAUGGAGGCUCAGGACGAGGAGUGCAGGACAGAUAAAGCUCCCUUCUCUCACAAUCCACUAUCAUUAACUGAAUGGAGGACUUUUCUCGUUAUGUGGAACAUCACGAAUCGAAGCAUAUCACUUUACGAUCCUAGCAGUGAUAAUGUUUUUAUAAGAUACGAGGAUAUGAAACAGCCGAAAGAAAAAGUGGAAGGUAAACCAGUGACAAACUCAGGCAUUUUUUAUUAUUAUCACAUGUUUAUAAGAAGCGCCAACAUGAUGAUUUACCGAUUUCACAAAUAUUCCUUUCUGCAUACAACCGUCGCAGAUACAACUUUAACGAGUCCCACCUUUUCGUUUAAUAAUACGAUAUGUAUACAAAUAUUACUUGGCCUCUGUGUAGAAUGUGAAAUGGACAUAGUAUUAUAUGACAGAACAGGCAAUAUAGAGCUGAAAAGUUUUCUUGUAAAAGGUUCUUCGAAAGCUGCAAGUCACGGCUUACCUACAUGGCAAUUUAUUACAAUAAAACAUUCAACAACAAAUUAUGAUAGGGCGACAAUGAAAUUAACAUCUAAACUUAACUCGCGCAGUUCUGAUCCAUUGUGGGCAGUGGCCAAUGUUCGUCAAUGUCCCAGAAGGAAUGUGGCUUUCAGGGAAAGUGUUCUGCUGUCUACUAAAUCAUAUACUUGGUACGAUUGGCCGAGCGUGAUGUGUCAAAAAUUAUUUUACGAAAAUUCCUCUGUUGUGAACACUGUAUCAGAUGUCACAUCAAAUGUGGAAUUGGAUGACCUAGAAUGUCCUGAAGGCCGAAUUGGACCCAAAUGUUUGCUUUAUUGCAAACGUGAUGCAUAUAAUUACAAUUGCAAAGAACAUGUAAUUUGUUAUGAAGAAGGUUGUACCUGUCCUCCAGGAUUCAGAGGAGAAAAUUGUGCUUUAUCAUGCGAAAAAAACAGAUACGGUUAUGGCUGCAACCAGAUAUGCGGUUCGUGCAGCAAAUAUCGAAUAACCUCAUCACUUGAUACAUGUAAUAAAGUAACUGGAGCGUGUACUGCUGGGUGCACUUAUGAUCAAAAUAUACUUUAUAUACCACCUUUAUGUAAAAUGGAUAUAUCCAAGCCCGUCGCACCCACAAUUGAUACUGUAAGUAAUACAAAUAUACAGGUCAACGUUCCUGUAGAAUGGAAGGAUGAAUACAAAGCAUUACUAGAGUAUGCUUUUACCAUUUCGUCAAGUACAGGUAAUACUACUACCACUGAUUGGAAGCGAAUAUUUCAGAAUAUGACAGAGUUGACGGAACGUUUUACAAAUUUAGAAUCCGGUGUCAUUUAUAACAUUGCAUGUAUAUUUCGUGUUUGUAACCAGUAUGGUAACAUGUGUAGUAACAACAUACAGAGUAAUUGGCGAACGGCGGAGACUGUUUGCAAUCCAACCGACUUUGUGUUGGACUCUGAAGAACAUAGCUUGUCAAUUGAUUGGAAACACGACCCAAAGCCACCGUUUCCAUGUCCGGCGAAUUGGUAUCAAAUAAUAGUACAAGUUACAGGCAAAAGCACAGCAUUGUUAAAUACAACAGUUAAUCACUUUCCGUAUACAGUGUCGCAGAAAUUGCCAUCUUAUACUUCCUUUACGGUAACCAUAGUUCACGAAGAUAAAAAAAUAUUUUCCGACGACAUUCGUACACUCGAGGAAGCCCCAUCGAUUGUGUUAAAUGCUAGAAGCCUAAACGCAUUUGAUAGGAACGUUACUUUGGCAUGGAAACCUCCAAGGGAACCAAAUGGAAUGAUAAAGCAGUAUGAAGUGACAUUACAAGUUAUGCAAUAUUAUGGCUGCAAAGAUUCUGUAUCUAAUCUAAAUAAUGCCAAAACUACAUAUUGGACAAACAAUACAACAAUCUUAAUCCAAAAUUUGCAUCCGUUUGCAUUGUAUAAAGCAAUGCUUGUAGCUCACAACGCACGACGUAGCAGCAACCCGGCAUCGAUAUCGUUUAGAACCAAAGAAUCUGAUAUAGCAACAGAAGUAUUCAGCCAGAUAAAUGUACAGGAUUGGAAAUUAACAUGGGGAUCGCCUGACGACUGCACCACUAUUACGGGAUCAUUAUAUGCUAGAAUAAAAAUACGCACUAUUAACGACGAAAACUUCCCCAUAGUAAAACAAACACAAUAUAAUUUUCUUUCUUUAAAGUACCAAGCAAAUUUAUUAGGUGGGGAGCAAUAUGUAGCAAGAGUGUAUGUAAUAAGAAAGGCUAAUGCUGAAGAGAACUCUUCCGCUUAUCAAGAAAUUGAGUUUACAACUCCACCUGGAAUUCCGCCCCAGGUAACCAAUCUGGAAGUCUACGAAACUGAUACUCGUGAAGAUCAAAAAGUCGUAUAUUUGAGAUGGCAGGAGCCAAUUCCACCUCUCAAUGGAACAUUACGUAGUUAUAGCAUCCUAUUAUGUACCAUACAUGAAUGCUCUUCUACAGAAGUUCCAUUGACUAAUAUCUGCAAAUUAUGGAAUAAUUACGUUUGCGGAUCUGUUAAAUUUAAAAUCAAGAAUCCUACAAUUGCAGUUGUCGCAUAUAAUCAGGAUGUUCGUGAUCCAGGUCCUCCGUUUACAGUAUCUAAGGAAGAGCUUAAUAAUCAAAUUCCAGAAGAACCUGCUAAUUUCACUGUACUACCUCAUAAUAAAGGCAUUGUAGAUUUAUACUGGAAGCAUCCUUGGAAAACGGGUAGCCGUCUCGAUCAUUUCUAUAUCAUGAUAAUACCGCUUUCCACAAAUCUGGUAAAGUUUCUGGAAAGAAAUUGGCGACCUUACAAUUCGUCCAUUAAUGUUACGGUGACAAAUUAUAUGCGCGAAUAUACGAAACGAUUAUACCUGCACCCUUCAACGCAAUACCACAUCUUCAUUAAAGCUGUAACAGUUUUGGGGAUGUCUAGCACAGUAAAAUACAAAGAAUUCAAAACACCUUCCAGCUUAAAGUUCAGCGGUCCUCUAAAAUAUGUAAUGCACGAUUCAAUGAUUUCAUUAAAUAUUCCGCGUAUUGUAAACUAUACAAAGGACAGCACAAUACACGUCAUAGUAAAAGGACCAUUGGGACCCAAUGGUUGCAAAGGAUAUUUGAGAGUACCUGAAGAUCUGCAAGCUAUAGCAGACAUAGACGUGUCCCAUGUCGCUUGGGAAGCCGCUGAAAUUUCGAGUCAACAAGAUCUUAACAAACCAUUUACGAUCGGCAACAAUAAAAUGUAUGGCAGAGCCAAGAAUUGCCAAUUGCAACCUAAGGAAUCGUACGACAUAACGGUUAUCGUAACUGAGAAUAAUGAAAAUUCACUUAUUGAUCCAAUCGUACUCAAAAUAACAGUUCUCAACGGUGAGAUUUUAUCACACCAUGAUACACGGUCACAUCAUGAAGCGUGGCUCAUACCUGUAAUAUUAAUUCUUAUCGUGGCAGCCGUUUUACUUUAUUUGUAUCGCAGAAAAAGACAUAGAACGAUAAAAACGCUGAUGCUGCAGGACGAGAUAGCUUUGUCUCAGAACAUUGAAAAUUAUGAACACGAGACAAAGUCCGCGAUUUCAAGUUCGAAGGAGAGCCUCUCAACUCCUCCCGACAGGCAAUCAUUAUCGCGAGCAACCACUCCGGAAGUACCACUAACCGCCAUCAAGAAUACUGAUGACAUAAAGGAAAUGACAUCGUUGGUGAAGGUAAAAGAUUUUGAGGAUUACGUCAGAGAGGCCAUACAGGCAGGGUCGCUGGUCAAGCAAUACGAGACAUUCCCGAGAGGACAAACUCAACCGUGGGAUUAUGGUAAACUGCCUCAGAACAAAUCUAAGAAUAGAUAUGGAAAUCUUAUCGCGUAUGAUGAAACGCGGGUGGUGCUGGAAAAACUUCCGGGAGAUUCUUACUCCGAUUACAUCAAUGCCAAUUUUAUUACCGGCUAUAAGAAGGAAAAACAUUAUAUAGCCACGCAAGGACCUAAACCCAACACGGUGAUUGAUUUCUGGCGCAUGAUUUGGCAAGAAAAUGUUCUCAUUAUUUGUAUGCUUGCAAAUGUGGUUGAAAAUGGAAAGACUAAGUGCGAACAAUAUUGGCCGGAUAUCGGCAAGAAAAAGAAAUAUGGCAACAUUAUCGUACUAAACGCAAAGCACAACGUUUUCGCCGAUUAUUGCUUCAGGACUUUUCAAAUUACUUGCGGAAAAGAAACGCGAAAGGUGGAACAUCUGCAUUAUACAGCCUGGCCGGAUCACGGUGUGCCGUUGUACACACAGUCUGUAGUAACGUAUUUGAAGAAAUUAUUAGCGACACCAUCUGGAAACGGAUCCGUGGUAGUUCACUGCAGUGCAGGUGUUGGAAGAACUGGAACUAUUAUUCUGUGCGACAUUUGUCUCCGUCGUGCAGCAGCCGAAGGAGUGGUCGACGUUUACGCUGAAACGGCAUCCAUUAGAAGCGAAAGGGCUAACAUGGUUGACAAUAAACAACAAUAUCUAUUAGCUCAUUUGGCUGUAAUGGAAUGUUUACUUUCCAUUCCGACUACGUUGCCGUGCAAUGAGAUGUUGGUGACUCGAAUCACAGAAAUGAAGAAACAAUUACCAGUUCAACAGCAAAGAUUAGAAAACACUGCAUGGCAAGACGAAGCUUUGCGACAAGUCACAUCUCCACCACCACUGUCGGAACGUAAUCGUGCUAAAAACAGAUUUCCGGAGUUGAUUUCAGACAAGAUCAGCAGAAUAUAUUUGAAGAGAUACCCAGCAACGGACGAGGAUAGUGAUUAUCUUUCUGCUGUUUACGUAGACGGAGUAAAACUUCAGAAUCACUAUUUAGCCACCCAACUGCCCAUGCCAUCAACAAUUAAUGAUUUCUGGCGUAUGAUUGCUGAGUUUAAAGUGGAACUCAUUCUCAUGUUGCAGCCGCCCGAUCUUCAAGAUCCUACUUACUGUGCAAUCGCUCCUGCAAGUGGCGAGUUUAAACCGACGCCAUAUUUAAAUAUUACAGCGAAGGAAACAGUGGAACUUGAGAAUUAUACAUCACAAAAAUUGCUGCUGCUUGACAAUUCCGAGAAACCAUCAAAGGAGCGAUCCGUAACUAUACUGUGUUUGACACAAUGGAAACCGGGAAGAAAUCAAUCACCACCACCGGUUAUGACAAUGGUGACACUUUGGCAAGCUGCGGAGAGAAUUGCGAGAGGCGACGGGCCUACUGUCACGCUUUGCCAUGACGGAGUGACUGGAUGUGGUCUUUACUUAGCGCUGAGUUUUCUGCUAGAACGAAUGGCAGUCGAGAGGGAAUGCGAUGUUUGUUUGGCAGUGCGUGCAAUUAGGCGAUCAAGACCGGAUUUUGUUCGAUCCUUGGAACAUUUGGAAUAUCUGUAUGAUGCCGCAGUGACAUACUUGGAGUACUUUGAAACCUAUGCGAAUUUUUCAUGAAGUAAUAAUAAGGUACCAACAGAUAAUGAAAUAAUACUAUUAUGUGCAUAAUAUUUAUAUAUAUAUAUAUAUAUA